AUGACGACUCACAAAUGGGAUAUGAAAUCAAAUUAUAUGCUUACUUUUACUGUUUGUAAAUAUGGUUUAAAUCCAGAACAAUGGGAUAUAAUUGCAAAUGAUUUAGCUGAGGAUAUUAAUAUAACACCACAAAAUUGUAAAGCACAAUUUUAUUUAUUAUGUCAACAAUAUGGUCAAGAUUGGCACAAAGAAUCACUUGAGCGUCUUGAUAUUCAUAUUUUUUCAAUAAUAAAACGUCUUUAUUAUGGUGAUCUAUGUGAACGAAUGACUGAAUCACGAGAUUUACUUAUGGUUAUGUAUGAUUUUAUACGUUUAUUUAAACGUGGUCGAAUCCAACCAAACGAUAUAAAUGAAAUUUUACAAGAUAUUAAAAAUAGUGCUACAACUUAUAAUAGUACACAAGAUAAUGAACGAGAACAAAAAAUAAAAAUGCUUGGACGUCUUAAAUUACAUAUGACAAGACAAAUAUCUCAAACAUCAGAUUCACAAAGUUCUUCAUAUCCAGUUGAAUUAUUACCUCCACCACCAUUUUUUCAGUACCAACCAAUAGUAACAAAUUAUAUUUCUCAAAAACAAUCAAUUGUAACAACAGAUGAAAAUGAUCGACAAGUACCUUCAAUAGAUAAUCAUAAAAAAUCUGAUCAAAUCGAGAUAUCAUCAUUUCCAAUAAUUACACAAUCAAAUAAUAUUUUUAUUGAAAACAAAAUACAACCAUCAAAUAAUAAUAAUAAUCAAUCAAAUGAAGAUGAUAUUGAUGAAAUUGAACUUAGUUCAAAUGAUGAUAAUGAUCGAACAGAAACAGUACAAAUGUCUAAUAUUGAUGAAUCUGUAGCUAGUAGAAAUUUAAUUACGGAUCAAGAUGAAUCAACAUUUAUGUCAGUUGAACACGUAGAAACAAAUGAAUCAUCCACAAUACCACCAAUGCCUAUUGAAGUAUCAAAUUCAAAUGAUAAAGAUUUAUAUGAUAUUGUAAGUAGUACUGGUAUUAGUAAUCAAUCAACAUCUGAUACUAGAUUAUCAGCUGAAGACCGAGCAACAUCAAGCAUCAACGAGCUGCUAACACCAUCAAAUCUUCAAUUUAAUACAAAUACUACUAGUUCAAGUGAUUAUUCUACAUUAGAUAAUGAUCGAAUAGAAUUAACAGAAGUUCAAAAUCAUCAUCCAAUUGAAACCGAAUCAAUUGUAACAAUAUCGAGACAUAUUUCUGUUGACGAUAAUGAAAUUAAUGAAAUGGAUACUGAACAUAUUCCAGAUGAUAAUACUGAUGUUAUAGUACUAAAUAAUAAUGAUAAUGCUAGUUUUGUUGUUGAUGAAGCAGUUUCGAAUAUAGAUACAUCUAAAAUUUCAAUUUCAUCAAAAACUAAUGAAAAUGAUGAAUCAACAAUGACAGGAAGUUCAAAUAGAAAAUCACGCUUGACAACAAAUUCAUUAUCACAUAAUUUUCGUAAAUCGAUUAUAUCAAUUCUUAAUAAUUUAAAAACUGCUAAAUAUGGAUCUGAUUUUGCUAAACCACUUAAAUCAUUUAAAUUACCUGAUGAAUAUUAUUAUCGUAUUAAAAAACCAUUAGAUAUACCUGAAAUACGUGAACGUAUGUAUAAUGGUGAUUAUGAUGAUAAUAUUCUUUUAUUUGAACGUGAUAUUUUAUUAAUGUUUACAAAUGCUUUAUCAAUGUAUCAUCGAGAUCUUGAUAUUCAUGAUCAUGCACAAUAUAUGAUAAAUUAUGCUAUGGAAUUAUUUUCACCUAUUGAAAACAUUCGUACUCCAUGGAAAACUGAUCAGAAUAAAAAUGAUGAUGAUGAUGAUGAUUCAUCAAAUUUAGAUCAUCCUAAUAAUGAAAAUGAUAGUAAUGAUAAUACAUUGAAUAAUUCGUCACGUAUACAAACAUCUUUGAUAUCAUCAAUGAAAAAUCUUCGACAUCAAACAACAUCAAAUCAUCCAAUGAAUAAACGUCAACGAAAAACGAUUCAAUAA